GAUUUACAUGUGCUGUUGUUGCUGUGCCAUUUCUUUGCGUUUUGAGAGUGUGGAGUGUACCUUUUGUUCUGGUGCUCUCGUUCAAGUGACAAUGACAGCCUGUCUAUCAAGAUGCAUGGAACCCGCCCCAUUCACCCCUCCUGCUCCCUGGCUGUAGCAAGCAGGGAGCAGUGAAGACGAGGUAGCUAGUUUUGAAGCCGUGGCAUAAAUGAUCUCAUCUCAGCCCGAUCUCCGCUUUCUACAGAGGAUCCUAUGACCAACACCGGAAUAAAGUAAAAAUAAAGGAGCCUUGCUUCAGACUGGCCUAAAAUGGGCAGAAAGGGUGCAGAACAAAAGCUGCUUGUUGCUUGUACAAAAGUACUGAAGCGCUGCAGCCGGGACCAAGCUGCUAUGCUAAUGCCUGUGCCUCUCAACAGGAAAGAGAGCCAAAAUGUUCCCGAAGGGCACGAAGCGCAAGUUUUCCGACUCCAGGGAGGAACCUGUGGCAGGCGGUGAGGAUGUGAAUCAGUCGAGUUUGGCAGCUGUGAGGAUGCUGUCGUCCUACAGCCUGCAGCGGCAGUCCCUGCUGGACAUGUCCCUGAUCAAACUGCAGCUGUGCCACAUGCUGGUGGAGCCUAAUCUGUGCCGUUCGGUGCUGAUUGCCAACACGGUGAGGCAGAUCCAGGAGGAGAUGACCCAGGACGGCACCUGGCAGAUCAUGACCCAGGCCCUGAGUGCUGCCAACGCUGCUGCCCAGUGCUCUGCAGACCGCCUGGUGGCCACCGAGGUGCUGUGCCGGCAGACAGAGGCAGCCCAGGGGGAGCAGGUCCCCAAGCCCUUCCCAGUGGUGGGUUCAGAGGGCUGCCCUGCGGAGGAGGUGUUGGAGGAGGAGGAGGCGGCGGCGGCAGAGGUGGGGAUGACUAUGUCCACUGUCUCCCCCCAAGCCCCAACCUCCUACCUGCCAGGCACCUUUGGCAUGGACCCCUGCUGGGAAGAGGAGGAGACAGGUGAAGAUGAUGAUGAUGAUGAGGAGGAGGACAGUGAGGAGUGUGGGUCUGGCUCAGAGGGGGAGGAGAGGGAGCGUGACAGCCUGGUGGAGGACACCAGGACAGCAGAGCAGGUCUUUGGCACGUUCGAGAUCAAAAACCCUGCGCCCAGCCCCGACCCUGCUCUGGAGGAACUGUUUUCAGACGUGGAUGCGUCUUACUACGACCUUGAUACAGUGCUGACAGGAAUGCAGAGUGUUCCUAAGAUGGGGCCCUAUGACCUCCUGGAGAGCCUGUCCUCCCAUGGGCCCUCACCCCUCAGUUCCAGCACCAGCUGCCGAUCAGACCUCAAUGAACUGGACCACAUCAUGGAGAUCAUAGUGGGCUCCUGAGAAACAACACACUUCCUUGCAUACUUACUUUGCAGACUCUUUACAGACUGUGCACGUGGUGCGUAUAUUUGGAUAUGGUGUUAUUAUACAUUCAGAUGUUGAGGGUUUAUGAAAUCAAGAACUUAUUCAGUGUUACGACAUGCAGCUGUGCAUCUCUAAGUGGGCAGAGAUUACAACCUAUACCAUUAUGAUUUUUCUUAUUUGACAUACUUUUCUAUAUUUCUUUUUGUCAUACAAUCUAUUUUUCCAGUUAUGUUUUUAUUUAUUGUAAUAUGUAUGGACUGAAGAACAAUGUCAUUACACUACACACAAAUAGACCCUC